CACCCUCGCGUUUUCAAUCAACCCUAUAUCCUCCUUCUCUCUCUCUCUCUCUCUCCGUCGACGCGUACGAACUGAUCCCAGAUUCGGUUUUUUUGAUCGGAGAGCUGCCAUGGAACGCGUCAUCGGCGGCAAGUACAAGCUCGGACGCAAGAUCGGCGGCGGCUCCUUCGGAGAGAUCUAUCUAGCUACUCACGUCGAUUCGUUCGAGAUCGUAGCGGUUAAGAUCGAGAAUAGCAAGACGAAGCAUCCUCAGCUUCUUUACGAAGCCAAGCUAUACAGAGUUCUCGAAGGAGGAAGUGGGAUUCCGCGGAUAAAGUGGUUUGGUGUUGAUGGGACGGAGAAUGCUUUAGUGAUGGAUUUGCUUGGGCCAAGUCUCGAGGAUUUGUUCGUGUAUUGUGGGAGGAAGUUUUCUUCGAAGACUGUGUUGCUCUUAGCUGACCAAAUGCUAACGAGGAUAGAGUAUGUACACUCCAAAGGAUAUCUGCAUAGAGAUAUCAAACCUGAUAACUUCCUCAUGGGUCUAGGCAGGAAAGCUAAUCAGGUUUAUCUAAUUGACUUUGGACUUGCGAAGAGAUAUCGUGAUGCCAACACCAACCGCCACAUCCCUUACAGGGAGAACAAGAAUUUAACUGGAACUGCACGGUAUGCGAGUUGCAAUACUCAUCUUGGAAUUGAGCAGAGUCGACGGGAUGAUCUAGAAUCUCUUGGAUAUGUGCUUCUGUAUUUCCUAAGAGGAAGUCUUCCAUGGCAGGGUCUUAAGGCUGUUGACAAGAAGCAAAAGUAUGACAAAAUUUGCGAGAAGAAGAUAUCAACUCCUAUUGAGGUUCUAUGCAAAGGACACCCUGUGGAGUUUGCUUCAUAUUUUCAUUACUGCCACACGCUGACAUUUGAUCAGCGCCCUGAUUAUGGAUUCUUGAAGCGGCUUUUUCGUGAUUUAUUCUCACGGGAAGGAUAUGAAAUGGACUAUAUAUUUGACUGGACUAUAAUAAAGUAUCAACAAGCACAGAAAUCUAGAAAUCAGUCUCAGGCAGUUCCUGGGUCUAGCAAUACUCGUGCGACGCCAAUGGACACAAGCAAUCAUCGAGGGGGACCAAAUAUUCCUUAUGAAGCCGACGUCUCUGAGCGUGUCAGAUCGGGUAAGGCCAUUGGUCCAAGCCCACAGAUAAAUAACAAUCCUGCUACAGGGAGGACUCUGGGUUUUGAUCAGCCCGUCCACAAGAAUGUGAACAUGCCAUCCACUUCGCUGUCUCCUGCGGGUACCUCAAAAAGAAAUGUCGGACAAUCAGGUUUCCCUCCGGAAACCACAAAUGCUGGGUAUGAAAGUGGGAAAAGAACCGGAGGCUGGACUUCAUCAUUCAUGUCUCCAGAUAAAUGAUGCAAAGAAAGCAAAACAUUAUCUGAGAUGGUGAGCUAUUAAUGUGAGUCAUGCCCUUGGAAGAUUAAAAAGGUGUUAGUGACACCAAGUUCUGAUUUCUGCUGUAUAUUAUCUGAGAUGUGUGUGGACAGGCAGCUAUAGAGGAUGGUGUUUUUCCAUGAACACAUUCAUGUUACACACACACAAAGACAUGAAGUGUAUGUUUGCUUUUCAUUCAAGAUUUGCUCCAACCUUUGUAUAAUUCUUACCACCAGAUUUGUUAUAUUGUUAUAUAUGUCAAGUUUUAGUUACUCAA